UUCAAAUAUAUGUAUAUAAAAUUACUAGAACGUAAAAUAAUAAAUAAAUACAAUGAGUGUAAUUUUAUAAUUAAAUAAAUAUAAUUACGCUAAAUAGAAGCAGUAUUAAAAUAAAUUUCUUUACAAUGUAGGCGAUAACUAUUAAUUGCUGAUACUGUAAAUGCGUAAUAAUAAGUGAUAUUUAUAAAUUACAAACUAUAACCUCACAAGUCCGCGGUUUUUUUAUAUAUCAGAUAUAAUUUUUUAAUUAAAAAUAUUUUUUACACUAGAGUAUGUAUUAAUUGUAUAGAAGUAAAUUUUAAUUGUUAGUUAAAAUGUCUCAGGUAGAAUCAUGUCAAGACAGACAAAAUAAUGAGUUUGAAGUUUUAAAGUCAAUAUUUGGGGAAGAUCUUAAAGAUCUGAGAAAUAAUAAAAAUAAACGGAAAUGGCAGCCUUUGAGUGUGAGUAUGACAUUGACACCAUCACAGGGAAUGUCAGGACCAGUACAAGUUUAUGCACAAAUAGACUUGCAUGUCACUUGUGGGGAUACAUAUCCAGAAGAUGUCCCGCAUAUUAAACUGAAAAAUAGUCUAGGUCUCUCCAAUCAACAAAUAGCCGUUUUGUAUUCGGAAUUAGAAAGUUUGGCAGAUAAGUUAAAGGGAGAAGUUAUGAUCUUUGAAUUAGCUCAGCAUGUUCAAAAAUUUUUGUACGAACACAACAAACCGAGCUACAAUAGCUUUUAUGAAGAGAUGGUGUCACGUCGUCAGGAAAAAAUUCAAUCUGAAAUGCAAGAGAAACAAUUGAAAGAGAAUCAAGAACGUCAGGUGCUGCAAGAUGAAAUCCAAAGACGUCAAGAAGCAUUGAAGGCAGAGCUUCGUGAUCGUAAAAGAAUAGCACGUUUGUCUCUGGAAUCAAAUGAAAUAUCUCAGUCGAUUCCAUCGUCACCUCAUGAACGUGUACGUGCGAACUCUCGAAGAAGAUGUUUGAGCUCGUCUGAGAGUCCAGAUAGUCCAUUAUCUGAGCGUCGUGCUACAAAACUGUUGCAUUUUAUAAGCAGUAGAGGAGAGAGACAAGUUCAUUUAGGUAAAUGCUUAGGCCAUAGUGUUAAAGGAUCAGCUGUUUAUGCUGGUGUUGAUAUUGUUACUGUUGAGCAUCUUGCUGUUACUGAAUGGACACUAAAAUGUUCAUCUCCCAGUGAUGAAAAUAGCGAGUCAGAGAACUUUAAUUUACAACAGUUGAUAAAACAAGUAGGAAGUAUUGAGCAGGAACUAAAUCAUCUGAAAAAAUUAUACCAUCCUAAUCUUGUUCAUUAUUUAGAUAUGAAGUAUUUACAAAAUGAAGACAGUAUUGUCGUAUAUAUACUCCAAGAAUUUGUUGUUGGUACAACGUGUUCUUUUUUUCGAAAGGAAAAGAUUCCUGUUAAUAUUGAUAUGUUACGAUAUCUUGCUACUGGGAUCCUUUCUGUAUUAGAGUAUUUACAUGAAAAUAAUAUUACGCAUAAAGAUUUAAGAGAUUCAAAUAUACAUAUAGACAAUACAGGAAGUGUUAAAGUAUCUGAUUAUUCGUUGAAGAAAAGACUUUCAAAUAUUUAUCGUUCAAAUUGUUUAGGUAAAGCCAAUAAUAAUUUUUCUACAAUUCAAGGCAGAGGAAAAAAAGAAAUAGAUAUUUAUAAAUUUGGUAUUUUACUUUUGACUUUGCUUAAAGUUAAAAAAAUAUCAGACAAUGAAGCUGAUUGGGGAUUAAAUAUACCGUCGACAUUGAAAGACUUUUUGUCAAAGUGUUUAAAUAGUAAUGAGAGACUACGAUGGUCAGCAAAACAAUUACAACAACAUGGGUUUAUUCGGACACCUUUUUUAAAUGAUAUAUCGUCACCAAAACACUGCGAUAAACAAGAAAAUAAUUUUGAGCCGGAGGAGCCAACGUCUGAUUCAAGAAUGAAAAAUGAAUUUAAAAUUCUUGAAUCGUUGGGUGAAGGUGCAUUUGGUGAUGUUUGGAAAGUCAGAAAUAAAUUAGAUGGUAGAGUUUACGCUAUAAAACGAAUUGCUUUGGAUCCAAAAAGCAAACAAUCGAAUAAAAAAAUGAUAAGAGAAGUUAAAUUACUUUCAAGACUGAACCACGAAAAUGUUGUGCGAUAUUAUAAUUCUUGGAUUGAAAAUGUAAAUGUUAUUAAUGAUAAAAAUAAUUCAUCAUCUCCAUCGGACAGUGUGUCUUUUAAUAAAAGUAAAGUUAAACAGACAAAAAAAAAUGAUGUAGAAAGUUUGGAAUCUCGGACAAUUGACGAUUCUGAAGAAGACAGCAGUAGUAGCAGUAGCAGUUCCAGUGAUGAAGACAGUGAAGAUGAAGGAGGAUUUUUUCACUCUACGCAAAAAUCUUUCGAUUAUUCAGACAGUAUAGAAUUUAAGAUAGAUAGUGAAUCUCAAAUAAUUGAUUCUAAGGCAGAGUCAUACGAAACAUCGGAAAAAAUAACGAGCGAAGAGAACAGUACUAUGGAACAUACAACUAAAUUUAUGUAUAUACAGAUGGAGUUUUGUGAAAAAAGUACACUGAGAACUGCAAUUGAUAAUAAUUUGUAUGAAGAUAAAGAUCGUGUUUGGCGGUUGUUUAGAGAAAUGGUUGAGGGUAUCGCGUAUAUUCAUCAACAAGGAAUGAUUCACCGGGAUUUAAAGCCAGUAAAUAUAUUUUUGGACAGUAAUGAUCAUGUUAAAAUUGGCGAUUUUGGUUUAGCGACAACAAAUAUAUUGUGCUCGAUUGUACAAACAAUCGAUAAUGAAAGAGAAGCUGAAAUAGAAAAUAAAAAUGAUAUUAUUCUCGAUGAGCCGAGAUCAAUGACUGGUCAAGUGGGAACUGCUCUCUACGUUGCUCCGGAGUUGAGAAUUGAAGUAGCAAAAGCUCGAUAUAAUCAAAAGGUUGACAUUUACAGCCUUGGAAUAAUACUCUUUGAAAUGUGUUACAAACCACCUGAAACUAAAAUGGAGAGAGUUACUAUUCUUCAAAAAGUAAGAUCUAAAGAAAUAAUUCUUCCUUCUGAUAUGACCGAGACUGAAAUGCCACAUCAAAUUCAUCUUUUGCGUUGGUUGCUCAAUCAUGACCCUAGUCAACGACCAACAGCUCAAGAGCUUCUAACGUCUGAAUAUCUACCUCCACCGUUGCUAGAAGAGGCGGAAUUACAAGAAAUGGUACAACACACAUUGUCAAACAGUCAAAGUAAAGCUUACAAAUAUAUGAUUGCUAGUUGUUUUGUCCAAGAAGUCACUCCAGCUGAGGAUAUUAAUUACGAUAUGAGUGUACCAAACAGGCCAGCAACCAGUUCAUCAUUAGUAGUAAAUAUGCUUCUGCACGAGCAUGUUAAAUCUAAAGUUAUUGAUGUAUUUCAAAGACACGGAGGUGUCUAUUUAGUGACGCCAUUAUUGAUGCCCAAGUCUGGGCAAUUGUAUGAUUUUACCGAGACUUGCGUUAAGUUAAUGACACAUUCUGGAAGUAUUGUAACUAUCCCUCAUGAUCUCAGAGCACCAUUUGCGCGAUAUGUCGCGUGGAAUAAUAUUUUACAUUUUCGGAGGUAUGCUAUCGAACGAGUAUUUAGGGAGAAAAAGGUUCAUGGAUUUCAUCCCAAAGAACUUUAUGAAUGUGCAUUUGACAUUAUAAGUUCAACUGUAAAUUUAAUGGCUGAAGCUGAACUUAUUCGUAUUGCUUGGGAAAUUUUUAAUGAAUUCUCUGAAAUGCGUCAAUUCGAUUUUACAGUCCGUCUAAAUCAUACUUGUUUGUUUGAAGCGAUUUUUAUGUAUUGCGGAAUCGGACCAGAAAAAUUUCAAGAGAUCUAUUCAAUAUUUGGUGAUGCACGAGACGGCAAGUGUCAAAAGUUUCCAAAGCAAUCCCACUUUAGAAACGUAGGCCUAACUGAUCAAGUGAUAGAAACACUUUCUACUCUAUUUAAUACUGAAAACAAUGUAUUAAAAAUUGCAAGUAUUCUUAAAAAACUUACCAUCCGCACGGGCGACGCUGCUAUUUUGGCAAAAAAUGCUCUUGGAGAAAUUGAGACUGUCACUGCUCAUAUUGAAGCAUUAGGAGUCAAGUGGCCAAUUGUCAUCGCACCUCUUUUGGCUCACAAUAUGAAGCAACAUAGCGGUAUAAUUUUUCAAAUUACUUGUGAUUUAAAACGCCGACGACGGCUUGUUGGUCAAGAAGUAAUAGCUACAGGUGGUCGAUAUGACAAAAUGCUACGAUCAUUUGAACGCAUUUCAGAACGUUCAGGUUUAACGAGUAAAGAAAUAUCACACCAUGGUGUCGGUUUAAGUAUUUCUCUUGAUAAAUUAGUAUGUGCCAUUCAAGAGAUGUUAUUAGAAGAUUCAAAUAUUGAAAUAAAUAUGAAAAAAUUUGGAAUAAACAUUGCCGUAGGAUUCAUUAAUAAGAAAAAUAAACGAGAACAUAAACUAGCAGAUCUUUUCCGCGAGUUAUGGUCUCUCGGUCUUCGUGUAACUAAACUGGAUCUCUACAAAACCGAAGAAAUUCUCGAGUAUUGCCGUGAGAAUUUAAUUCCUCACGUAAUUAUACUAGACUGUGACAAAGAUAAUCUACUAUUAUAUUCUUGGGAACGUAAAUUGAAGAGAUUUAAGGAACAAAAAGUUUCUAUUAAUGAAAUUGCAGAUAAUUUACAAAAACAAAAUACGAGUUUACAACAAACAGAUCCACUGCCUGUUUUACAUAGAUCCGAAAGUAAAACAAACACUAUGGAAUCCACUACUAAUUCCCCAAAUAUUUCAAUAAAUGUUAAUUUUAACUUUGUACUCUCUGAAAAAGAUAAAUUAUUAAGUAGCGGACGAAAAAGUUAUAGAAAUUCAAUGCUAGCUCAGUUAUCAUCUUCUUUACAUCGAAUUUCAUGUAAAGAUCCUAUCGAAGUAUUUGCUGUCUUUCUUGAAAUGCCUGUAAUAAAGACAAUGUUUAGUCUUUUAGAAGUUGAUGAAAAAGAACAAGAUUUUCAGAAGAGCGUUCAGCUUAUUAUUGAAGAACAUCCGUAUCAUAAAAAAUAUAUUAAACAAGUAUGCGACGAAAUGAGCAAAGUACGAAACGAAAAACAACGACCUAUACUGGUUCUUUACAGUCUGUCUGAUAGCCGUUACAUGAUUUUCAUAUGAGGGCAUUUGUACAAAUUUAUAUUAAAUAGUUCUAUAAACUUGUACAUAAAUAUUUUUAAUAAAAAUUUAUCAUUGUUUUUUGUAUAA